AUGUUUCUAAAGAGUGUUUCCAGAUCUAAUGCAAUAGCCAUCAAGGGAACCUUUUCUCGAUGGUACUCUAACUCCCAAAAAGUAGCCAAUUUGGGGAAAAUGACAGAUUAUUUAGUCGGUAAAGGUGUCCCUAACUUACUUCAAGAAAUGAUUAAAGAAUCCGUGCUUGCGGAUAAUAUAAUUUUAAGAUUGUUCCCUACUUCGCAUCCUUAUAUACCUGUGUUGCAUGGGAAAUCCAAAUAUAAAGCUUCGUUGAAUGCCAUAAGAAUGAUAGUACGAAAGUUUAUACUGGGUGAAGAAUGUCGCUUGCACAUAAGUUCAGUAAAGACUUUAUCUUCGAUAUCACGUGGCGGAGAAGCCAAGGACAUUCCUCAGAACUACAAUACUAUAACUUCCAAUGACAAGCUGGUAGUCAAGUGGCAAAGUUGUGUACCAAAUGAUCACUGCAAGAUUUCUAAAUUAGAGAUUAACGACAAAUUGAAGGAGAAAAAUCAGAGUAAUGGAGGAAAUAACGCCUUUUCAAUGAGAUCCGUGCCGGUAAUAGACUACAUUUUACAUCCUACGGUCAAUAACCUGAAUCAAAGUGUUAUUUCCGAAUACAUCGAGAAUGCAGUUGAAAAGCGGGCUCAAAGAAAGUCUAACAAAGGUGGAGAUACCGAAGUAGGUAAGAAUGAGAAAAGUGAUGGUGCCAGUGAAAAGAGUAAAAAGAAAAAACUAUCACGACUGAUUAGAGGCACUUUCCUAUUCGAAUUCAAUGAAGAAAACUCUGAAAUUCUAGUUCAUACCAUUGAAGACGUCGAACUGAUUCAUUAUGAGAAGAAAAUGGCCACUGGCGGCGCUUUUGCAUGUUAG